GGUAAUUGCUUAGGUACGCACCCUUCCUCCCCACUCACUCUCCCUCCUUCCCUCAUUGCCGUCUUCUUCUCCUUUCUCAACUCUCAUUUCCCACCCGUGUCUUUCGCCAUAAACAAACAUUUCCUUCAGCAUCUUUUCCUCUUCAUCCCACUACUGGUUCCAUUGUUGGAUUUUCCCCUGACCCACUCAUAUUCUUUAAGAAAUACAAGGAAAAGAAGAAACAUAAUCUGAUAUGAACAACACUAUCUGCAGACAAAAGCGCCGGUUAUGUUAGGCACACUGGUUUCCUCCCACACUCUCUUCUUCUAUCUCUGAUUCAUAAACCAAAAACCCUCAUCCGGAGUUUCUCUGUCAAACCACAACAGACACCUGCAAAGCUUCAGAAGUUGUUUCAUCUGGUUGUCAGUCAUUGAUGGAGGCGGUGAACAGCAAAGGGUCAUCAUCAUCAUUGUCUAGAAGAAGAAGAAGCUAUAUAAGCAACAGUUGCUGCAGAGCAUUACUCUGUUUCGUCGUCACCAUCAUCUUCUUCUACAGUGAUACUUUGUCUUCUCCUGGCAUCAGGUGCCCUUUCUCUGCUUCCCAUGAUUUGCAUUUUCAGGUUAGUACUCUCUACUUCUACUUCAAGUUCAACGUAAUUACUCUCUCUCUACUGUUACAAGAUUGAAACUUUACUGGUGAAUUACAGUGAAGUGAAUUCCACCCCACCAAACCAAGAAAUAGUCUUGUCUUGCCUUCCUGCCUGCCGGUCAGCCCCUUUUUUGUUUUCUGUGUUUUUUCCACUCACUGUCAUUUCUCGUCUUUUCCUGGUCACCAAACAGAGGCAAUUGGUACGGUCCAAAAACAACCCACUGUGACUGCGCCCCUGCACCCUACACUGAUCACUAUUCCCCUCGCUUGUUCUCUUCUUCUUUUUCUUUGCUUAACUAAUAAUGUAAUCUUUCAUCUGCCGUCCGAUUACGACGAAGGCGCCACCACGGAUCACAACUAUACAUGGGCGCGGGAUCAUGCUUGGGCCGGCACGGCACAAACACGCUUCAGGCCCAUUUAUUUCGUGUCGUGCUUGGCACGGCCCGUCUGUUUUCGUACUGUGUCGUGAAAGCUCAUUUACUAACUUUGCUAGGCCCGGCCCAGGCCCGAGCACGGUUGGAAUCGUGUCGUGCCGUGCCUAUUCGUGCUCAUGCCGUGUUCGUAUUCGUGUUUAAUGAAAAGGAAGAAAAUAAAAGAGAUAAUGAAAAAAGGUGAAAAUU